UAGGGUGUUGUUUUUUACCUAUCCAGCCUUUAAGCGAAGAAGCGAAAUAACAGAAACUAAGAAAAAGUAUAGUCAAAAUGGUGUAUCCACCGACGUAGUGACCAGCAGCAGCAGCAGCAGCAACAGCAGCAGCAGCAGCAGCAACACCAGCAACACCAGCAGCAACAACAACAGCAGCACCAACAGCGGCAGUGAAGGUUGGAGUGGAAAAGUGUAGCGAGGAGAGCAAAAACAGCAGCAUCAGCAGCAGCCGCAGCAACAGCAGCAGCAGCAGCAGCAGCAGCAGCAGCAGCAGCAGCAGCAGCACCUAAAAAGGCAAAAAAUCACAAUCGGUCGGCUCGUGCAAUUUUCUUGUCGGAAAUCUUGUUUGUUUGGUUCUUCAUCUCCUGAAAUUAGCGAGCGAAACAUGUGCCCAAGUGCCGGACGCAAAUGGAGCAUGUCCGUGUCCCAGCAAGAUGAUGAGCACUUUGGUGUGUGUGCAUGUGCGUGUUAGUGUAUUUAUUAGCAAUACGUUGAAGUCAACAAAACAAUCGGCGACCACACUGUGAUAGAUAAAAAAAGUGAAUGCGCGAGGAUAAAAUGCUCCCGGCAUACGGCAGUAUCUAUUGAGGAGGAAAGAAGGUAUCAUUUAUGGUACCAAUAGUGCGCUUACAUCUGACAUUUAAGACACACACACUUUCCGAUAUCAUCCACGAAAAGCGGCCACUAUCAAACGAUCAACUGGGCAGCAUCAACCGAUCAGCAAUCAAGCGAACGAAAGGGGACCCGCCAGAGGUCGGUGCAUGGCGGCCUACCAUGUCCGUUUGUGUGCGUGUAUCCUCGAAGCGCAAAACGCCGCCCGGUCCAGCCACUAGAACACCGUUGCCAGCAAGGGGCGCCGGUGCACCCGUGUAGCCCCGAUCCCGUUGCGCCACCGGUCACAGAAUCGCGCAUCACUCCGACGGCCGCGACACCCGAAUGGCUCUGGUGACAAACCCGUACGCGGCCAGUACUCCACCCAGCUCUUACUCGGAUGACGGUAAUACAGACGAUGAAGAAGCGACUAAAGUGAAUCAAAGUCGACUGAAGGGGACCGCCACCUUGAUGCUAGGGUCAAACAAGCGCCUACGUGCCUCGUGCGAGGAACAGCACCUCAACAGCCCGGGGGCAGCCAGCGCCAGCUUCAGCAUUCGCACCCAGCAGCAGGCGGCGGCCAGCAGCGGCGAUGGGCCGACGUCGUCGAGCAGCGUCGGUGUGCGCGGCUCGUGCGAUAGCUUCGAGGCGGAGGAGUGCGAAGCGGGCGGCGAUGCGGGCGACGGAAGCGCGGCGGAGAAGCUGGCGGCCCGAGCGGAUGGGGUGCAGGCGAGCCGACCCGCGUCGUCCUGCAGCAGUGGCAGCUGCUCGUCAUCCUCCGAAAUCCAGCAGCACCUACAGUCGAUGUUCUCUCUGCUGCGUCCAGAGGAAACACUCAAGAUGGCUGUGAAGCUGGAGUCCUUGCGACCAGGUCGCACGAGAUAUCUAGUCGUGGUAUCACGCUCGGUCUCGAGCAAACGGCACAGCACCUACUCGCUGCUCCCGGCCGGUAGCAGCGGCAAUAUCAACUCCUCGUCGUGGCCAUCGUCGACCGGAUCGGCGUCCGGCUCGCUGCAGUCGAGCCGGCCCAGCUCGGUGCUGUCCGGAUCGACGGCUCGCCUCGGUUCGGUUCCGGCCGGCGGCGGCGAGCACGAGACCAGCGAUGCCCGCGGCUAUGCAGGGGCCCUCGGGGUGGACACGUUCGUGUCCAGCUUGGAGAACUGUCUCCUCAGCAACGCUCAGCAGCCCAGCCAGCACACCAGCGGUGGUAGCAGGCAGGGUGCAUAUACUUCGUGUAAAAAUGAUGAAUGUGAUAGUAAAGCUAAUACUAGAUUAAGUAGCGACACUGCUGUCGCCGAAACGGGCAACGCUAGCCACGAGGACGCUUCCGGCAAAACUGGCAGCACCGAUAUGACGCAUUGUGUUAGCGGCACCAGCUCUCUCAUACAACCGCAACACUUCCAGCAGAGCAGUCCAUCCGCGACCAGCGCGAGCAACUGCACCGAUGGAGGUGGGCCCGUCGACGCUGGCAAGGAGAUCGAAGAAUCCUGUCUGCUCGGCAUCGACUGCAACGAGCGAACUACGGUGGGGUUGGUGCUAAAAGUGCUUGCAGACACCUCCAUACGGUUAGAUGGUGACGGCGGAUUUAGCGUGAGCUCCUGUGGAAAGCAGCACAUCUUUAAGCCGGUCUCAGUGCAAGCGAUGUGGUCUGCCCUGCAGACGCUGCAUAAAGUGUCGUCGAAGGCGCGUGAGCACAACUUCUUCGCCGGUGGACCGUCGCACGACUGGGUCAGCUACUACGAAGCGCACAUCGACUCCGAUCGCUCCUGCCUGAAUGAGUGGAAUGCCAUGGACUCGCUCGAGAGUCGUCGCCCGCCAUCGCCCGGCUCGAUACGCAGCAAACCGACGAAGCGCGAGGAAACGGAGAGUGUAAUACGGUCCAAGCUGAAAGAGGUGAUGAUGUCGGUCGAUCUAGACGACGUCACGUCGAAAUUCAUCCGUGGCCGGCUCGAAGAGCUGCUCGAUAUGGACCUGGGCGAGUACAAACCAUUCAUCGACGGCGAAAUGCUCGUCAUACUCGGGCAGAUGGAUGCGCCGACAGAAAUCUUCGAUCACGUGUACCUCGGAUCCGAAUGGAACGCCAGCAACCUAGAGGAGCUGCAGCGCAAUGGCGUGCGGCACAUACUGAACGUGACGCGCGAGAUCGACAACUUCUUUCCCGGGCUAUUCAACUACUUCAAUGUGCGCGUUUACGACGACGAGAAGACGGACCUGCUGCGCCACUGGGACAACACAUUCAAGUACAUUUCGCGCGCAAAGAUGGAGGGAUCGAAGGUGCUGGUGCACUGCAAGAUGGGCAUCAGUCGAUCGGCGUCGGUGGUGAUAGCGUAUGCGAUGAAGGCGAACAACUGGGACUUCGAGCAGGCGCUUCGGCACGUGAAGGAGAAGCGCAACUGCAUCAAGCCGAACAAGAACUUCCUGAUGCAGCUCGAGACGUACCAGGGCAUGCUGGACGCGAUGAAGAACAAGGAGAAGCUGCAGCGCAGCAAAAGCGAGACGAAUCUGAAGCUGGCCGGCGCGAAGGAGGGUCGCUCACUGCCCGGUAGCGAACCGACUCCGCUUAUACAGGCGCUCAGUGGCGCCGGCGGAGGGAGUCAGAGUGCGGUGGGUGGCAAAAGGCAUACCGUCGCUAGCGGUCCCGUAGCGGAGCUGAUGCACGGUAAGAUGAGCAUUGACGACUCGUCCAAACUGAGCGAUGGUCUUGACGAACCGGAUAGACAUACUCAGCUGCACGGGCCAGAUGAAUCGUGCUCGUUUGACGAGGUAGAAGCAGCUAGCCAGAGUAUUCGAGGGCGAACUCGUACGCGGCAGCACCAGAACCCUCAGCAACCGCAACAACGACCAUCGAUAUCGCAAUUCGAACAGCACCAGCAGCCCCAGGAAGAGCAACAAUCGCAAGAUGGUGCCCGUCAGCGACCGUCGUUUUGCGAGGGAGGCUCCUGGAGGGGUGUUUUCUCGCAUCCGGCCGGUCACUGGGGCGAGGGUAACCAUCGCGCCCGGCAGUCGACGCAAGCGGGUUGCGCGUCCGUGGCGUCGUCGCGCGCCACGAAGCGCCACAAAAGCCUCUCGCCGGGCACCUUGCAUCCGCGGUGGGUUAGCUCGCACGAAACGGCCACUCUGACGGCCUCGCUGGGGCUGCAGGAACCUACCGAACCGAUUUUCCCAGGACGUGGCGCAUCGGAGCCGCGGGCAAGCCGGCGCAAACAGCAGAGCUACUCGCUCGAACACCUGCACGGCCUGCUCGAGAUGCGCUCACCGUGCGCCGAAACGAAAACCAUCCGCAUGCCAUGCGGCAACGGGCAGAACUACAGCGUCUCGCCGAACCAGAUAGUGCACCUGCAGGAUAGGCUGCCGAAGGUCCGGGACGGGGUGCGAAACGGUAGCUUUCUGAGGCAAAUAUUUCCCUCUCACUACAACACAACGACGGCGAACAAUACCGCUGACGAAACGAGCUCGACGCAAGGUGCUGCUGGUGACUGCUCCAUAACCUCAUCAUCAUCCUCUACGUCCGCGUGUUCCGUUGUGCCGUCUUCAACGGCAAACACCACUACCACAACAACCGUGCCAUCAUCCUCCGCCUCAGCUUCCUCGGUGAAAACGAUAGUCUGCGAGCUGGAAUCGAGCAGUAGCAGUAGCAACCGUACCAGUAUCAGCCAUAUUCCGGUCGCACCACCUCCCUCGACCAACGAUAGCGCUGUGGUCAGUGCCGCCAUACCGAUUGCCUCGAUUGCCGCGGAAGCUGCCGCCGUUGCCGUUGCGUCUCGCAAGGAGCAAAACACAACAACCAGCAGCACCACCAACCCCGCCUCAUUCUCCGAUAGCAGCACCAUUUGCUGGACGUCAUCGGCGCAGAUUAUUCAGUCGGGAGGUUUCACCUUUCCUGAAAGGCUGCAAGAUGGUAAGGCCCAGGUAGACAUCGAAGAAAAGGAAGUGAAAGAGGGUGAAAAGGAGGAGCAGCAGAAGGAAGAACCAGGCACUCUUCGACAAACGGCCAAUGAAGCUGGCGAACGCGUCGCAGAGGUACGAUUAGGAACGGUGGUGUCGGAAGGAGGCGAAAGUGAAUCGGAUGAGCUGAGGCGGCAUGAGGUCGAGGUUGUUGAGGAAGAAUCCGGUCAGACAAAUCAUCAUCAAUCGGUCCAAAGUAAUCACCUCGAGCUACCUCAAGCUGAUCAGGCGAACGAUGAACCAUCUCAGCAUGCAACCGGAGGUAGCGUUAAGCUGGGGCGGAUAACGGCCGUACCAGGCGAAGGGGACACAACAAAGGCUCGCCCCGACGUCCCGGCCGACAGGGAAGACAUUCCCUGGCAUCCGGGAACUGUAAAGCGAACCAAAGAGAAGAUCGAAGAGCGUUCCUCUUCGCAAGCAGCGAGUAGCGCAAGGAUCAAGCGCACCGGUUCUUCCUGUUCCGGCGAGCAUGUGGACACCGCCAAGACGUCGAUGGGAACGCAUACUUCCGUGCUGGAAGGGCCGCUGGAGCAGCACACAACAACCUCCCUCCAUCGGGGCCGCCAUGGAAUGGUUUCGACGAACUACGCGCGCCUCUCGGCAUCCGCACCGGACUCGUACAAUAUGUAUGCCGGUACCUCUGGUCGCGUGACUUCCACGCCAGCUGCCGACUCGCCGGCAACUAGUCAAACCGCUUCCUGUUCUCCUCCUCCUCUGACGACGACGACCACUGCGGAUUCCUCGCUACAGCUUGUGCGCUUCCGGACAAGCAUUCACGGGCGGGCGAGCAUUUCCACGGGAGGUUCUUGCUUCAGUUGGCCGAAGGGACAGCCACCGCAACGGUCGAAACAGCAGCCCGCCGUCGGAGAAGCCGAACCGCCGCCAGUAAAUCAGCCCGGCAAGGUACGCAAUCUGAAAAUGAGCUUCGAGGCGAAAUCGCACGAUCGGCGACGGGAGCAGAAGAAGGUACGCUCGUUGCCCUCCUCGCCGGUGGCCGUGCACGCGCAGCUGACGACACAACCGCGGCCGAAACCACAAGGGGAUGCUGCUGGGGAACAGCAGCACCAAUCGCAACCGAAGCCCUCCGCCGCUGCUACCACCGGCGCCACUCCAUCGACAAACACACUGAUAUCCUCCUCCCAUCCAGCCGGAUCACCGCUGGAGGACGUGACCGUGCGCGAUCUGGUUGAUCGGUACGAGAUCCACGGACCACGGACGCGAACCAGCUCGAACGGUGGUGCGUCGCCGUCGGUGAACCGCCAGCGACCCCGCUCCGUCUUCGAGCCACAGAAAAGUGGUCACACUACCGCACAAAGCCAACCAUCGACGAUCACCUCUGGGUUGCUAUUCAACGCGGGUAAAACGACACCGCAUCUCAUCUCGCACGCAACCGCUCCGCUUCGCGUGGAGGAAUUCUCCCGGCCGCCCGUGCCACCAGCGGUGCCUUUCGUGCGCGGUCUGCUGGUGCUGCCGGGCGAUCCGGUGGCAGCGGCCCAGCUUGCCAACAACAACAACAGUGCAGCGUACAGUCUGUACACGAGGCCCGGCGCGACGACCGGCAUUGGCAGUAGCAACACCCGAAACAACAAUCUGCCCGUGCUGGGAGCGAACGAGAUAGCGGGCUUGGGCCUUGUUGCCGGGGAAGGAUCCAACCGGAAGCGGGCGCAACAGCACGGCCGGACCCAUCCACUGGCCAAGAUCAGUCCGAGCAGCAAUGCUGGCAAGCAACAGCAGCAGCAGCAGCACCAACAGCAGCAGCAACAGCAGCAACAGCAGCAACAACAGCAGCAGCAGCAACAGCAACAGCAGCAGCAGCAGCACUUUCUCCAUCACCACCAUCAUCAUCACCAUCACCAUCAUCACCAGUAUAGUACCCUUGGUAGCCAGCUACAGCAGCAUCGACUCGCGACUAGCCUGGUGGCGCCGGCACAAGCGGCGGCCGUUUCCGGCGGCGCAUCCAGCGCUACCACGGCCGCAGCUAACGCCUACAACACCAUGUGAGCGUGGACCUCCGUCCAUUCUCGAGCUGAUCCCAGUACCAGCAAUAACAAACACACCCUCAAACACAAACACACACACACACACGACAGGCCGGACGAUUCGACCAAACCGACCCCCCUACCCUACCUGUGCAAUAUUCUCUAUCUCUUGA